CUGAGUCCACCUCUUGUCCCCCAGUCUAGGUGGUGGCAGAAGAGUGCCAGAGGCAAGCAGAGGGAGCAAUGGUUGGUCCUGACGGUGGCUGAGCCCCCAGCCCCUGGAAUAUGCAGCCCGGAGGAGCCCCAGGCAAGGACGCGGUGGCGGAGUGGGGCGGGAGGCAUGGUCUCCACCUACCGGGUGGCCGUGCUGGGGGCGCGAGGUGUGGGCAAGAGUGCCAUAGUGCGCCAAUUCUUAUACAACGAGUUCAGCGAGGUCUGUGUGCCCACCACCGCCCGCCGCCUCUACCUGCCUGCUGUGGUCAUGAACGGCCAUGUGCACGACCUCCAGAUCCUGGACUUUCCACCCAUCAGCGCCUUCCCUGUCAACACACUGCAGGAGUGGGCAGAUGCCUGCUGCAGGGGACUCCGGAGCGUCCACGCCUACAUCCUGGUCUAUGACAUCUGCUGCUUUGACAGCUUUGAGUACGUCAAGACUAUCCGACAGCAGAUCCUGGAGACAAGGGUGAUCGGCACCUCGGAGACGCCCAUCAUCAUCGUAGGCAACAAGCGUGACCUGCAACGCGGACGCGUGAUUCCGCGCUGGAACGUGUCGCACUUGGUGCGAAAGACCUGGAAGUGCGGCUACGUGGAGUGCUCGGCCAAGUACAACUGGCACAUCCUGCUGCUCUUCAGCGAGCUGCUCAAGAGUGUGGGCUGCGCCCGCUGCAAACACGUGCACGCCGCCCUGCGUUUCCAGGGCGCGCUGCGCCGCAAUCGCUGCGCCAUCAUGUGACGCCGCGUGCGCCCAGCUGCAGCACUGUCCCAGUGGAGGGGAGGGCAGGGCGGGGCCAGCCUUCCUCGGGGACACCUGGGCUAGAGCGGGGAUCCCCUCCCCCCCGAGGAGAACUCUAGGCUCCCGGCCUGAAGCACUCCGGCAGCCACACACCUCCCCACGAGAAUCAGAGGGCGAGAGGGAGCCUCCCUGCUACUCCCCAGUCCUUCCCCCACACCUGGGUCUCCCUGGACAGCUACCUUCAGUGCUGUAGUGUAGUGCUCGGCCCCAGGGGGCGCCACAAUCUGUGGGCUGAGGGGUAAGCGGAUGAAAUGGUGGGUGGGGUGAGGAGGUGCUGUCUUGGCCGGGCCCCUGCUCAUCUUCCCCAGAGUGUGUCUGUCUUUGCCCCGUGUCCCCUUUUCCAAUGUCUGUCCUCUCAAGUGUCUGUCCAUCCUCAUUUUUCCUGUCUUCCCUCCAGUGUCCCUCCCUGUCACCCAGCUCCGCUCACAGGGCUCUCAUUUCGUUCAUCCCCUUGUCGCAGGUCCUGGCAACUUUGUGAUGCCAGGCCUUCUCACCGGCAGCGCCACCGGCACAGGGCAGAGAGAUGCAAGUGGCCCAAGGACCGAAGCCAAGGGGUCCAAGGGCUGAGGUUCCACAGCCGUCAGGGAGAGAAGGCAGAGCUCUCCCUCAUCUAGGGAGACCUCGCUGCCCAGCAGCCCCCAGAGACGCAACCACCUACCUUCCAGCCUUAACUCAAUGGUCCCUGCCGGGUGCCCCUCACCCUUCCUGACCCCAAAGCCAGAUGGCCCCCCGGGCUAAAAUUCCUUUUGUUGUGUUUGACUGUGGAGAGGAAAUUUUCCCAAAGGAUAAUUUUCUCUCCGUGAUGCUAGGUCCUAUUUCUCUGUUACCUCCUGCACUGGGAUGGUCUGCUAUGCUGUGGGAUGUUGAGUUGUGGGGGACUGGUGGUGGAGGGCAAGGUGGUACCCAGGUCGGGUUAUGCCGGUGGUAAUUCUGUGUUCCAGUCCCGCCUCAGUCCAACUGCCUAAGACUCUGCCUCCAUCAGGUCUCAGAUUGUCUUGAUCAGUCUGUGUAGGGGCAGAGCCAAGAAAGAAUAAGGUAGCUUUUUGUGCCUGGGGGAGCUAGGCAUGCAUCCCCACCCUUAGGUGGAGGCCCUCAGGAUUGGACCCCUUGUUCCAACACCAGGUUGGCCCUAUGCCCUAACUCACCCACCCCAUUUUCCCCGGCUGCCUGGCCGGGUUUCUACCUCUCGUCACCGGAGCUGAUCACUGUCAGUUUUGUACCGAUUUAGAAAUAAUAAUCACGGAGAUUCUAGGAAUGGCCUGAGGGAUUCAUGGGGGACUUGGAGGGAGAGAGGAAGGAAGAAGUGGUGCCACGUCCCCUGCCCUGGCCCAAGAGAGUUCUUGAGGCUGAACCCUCAGCCUCAUCCCUGGUCCAGUUGGGAGGAUAAUAAGGACCCUUUGUUAAGAGGGGUACAUAGGAUGCCCAGCAUUUUCCAGGGCUGCAGUACACAGACCAGGAAAUCAGGUACCCAGAGAGGUGAUGGGGAGGAAUCUGGGGGCGGGGGCGGGGGUGGGGAAUUUAUGGUGUUCCCGUGUGGGAGGGAAUCCAUGAUUCUCUUAUGCUUCCCCUACUGAAUCUCACUCCCUCCACCCAGCGCGGGCACUGCAGUACAACAGCAGCAGCCCUGACGUGGGCAACCCAGCGUUCUGGGUUCUAGUCCUUGCUGUCCUGCACAAUUUUGGGCUAGUGACUUGCCCUCUCUGAGCCUCCCUCUGAAGCAGAGGUGGUGGCUCCCCUUCCCCACACUUCGGAGUGGCUGGGAGGGUAAGGAGGAGAGAUGCCCACUUUCCUCUCCUGCAACUCCACCCCCUGGUUCCGCAGGGCGUGGGGUAAAGAUGGCAGCAUCUCAUGUGCCCGAUCACCCCCCAACUCUGAGGCACUUGAGGUGAGGGUGGGGGAUCCAGGCCUCUGGCUGCCCUCCCCACUGGGGGAGCCAUUGGAAUGUAGCCGCCCUCACCCUUUCCUCUUCAUCCCAGGUCUUGGAUUUCAGGUCCCUCCACCCCCAUUCUGAGUCUCUGUCCUCCCCCUCCCCAACCAGGGUUUCCCACACAGGGUCUGGAAGUGUGUGUGACACCCAUUGAGCUGUUAUUGGAAGUCAGAUUAAAAAUCAGGGAAUGUUUUCCCUUGUUUCUCUACCUCAGUGUCAGCUCUGUUGCUCAUGGAGGGAGGAUUGGGUCCCUGCAAUGCACAUGUGCUGUGUGGAAAGAGUGGGGCUCCCCACCCCAAAGUCCAGGCCAACCCAGGGAUCAAAGGGAAAUGGUACUGGACAUAACUGUUUUCCCUCUAGCUAAUCACCAACACACAGAAGGCACCAUCACCUGCCUUCACAGCUGCCUGGAUGUCUUGUUCCUAACUGCUUCUGCCCUCUUCCUCCCAGGCAGGGGUUAAAUUCAGGGCUUUCAAACAUAGCUUCUUAAACACAGAAAUAUGAUGGAUGAAGUCAACCUACUCUCUUCACCCAGAGUUAUCCCUGUUCUCAGGACCAGAUGCAAAUCCACAUCAAGGGUGGCCUUCAGAAGCCUGCUUGGAGCCACCGUCGUUGUCGCUGUCCAUGGUCCUGACCACCAGGACCUGGUAGGAAGCCUCCCUUGCUGACAGCUCCCUCCACCUGGUCCCCAUGACCUCCAGCAGGGACAAUGUUUGAAGGUGCACCUCUCUACACUUCUACCUACAGCCGUAGGGAAAGGACCCCAAAAAAGCUGAGGCUCCAGGACAGACCCAUGUUUGUUUAAUAACUUACAGCUGUGGAAAUGUCCAGAGGCUGAGGAGCUACUCAUGGGGGCAACAAUAAGAUAUGGUCUCUCCCCACCGCCGCUGGCUUGCAGUGGACAGUGUGAGCUACCCUUUUGCUCAGCUGAAAAGAUGGGAUUUUCAGACCCACUCCUGGCCAAGGCCCUGUGCUGAGUGAGGGGCCAUCCUUCCUCACCUCAUACGUUUUGCAGUGGUUCUUCCCAUCUUCAGACUCUUUAGACCCAAGACUCCUCCUCAGGUGGAAGUGGGGUUCCAUCAGGCUGCUGAGUCUCCUGGCUCUCUGAAGCUUGGGAGCUGUUCUUCAAUGAGAUUCUGACGUCUUUCUUUUUCUCUU